UCUUUUUAAAUCAGGGUUGCCGAGACAUUCGUUCAGUCAUUCUCGCAAUCAGGAGAGUCCGUCCAGUUCUUAAAUUCUCGGGUGGCUCGUGAGUCGUAAUCAAGAUUCAAGAACGUGAUGAGCUGCCCCACUCCCCAGUGCCCAAAAUAAAAGGAAAUAAAAAAGAAUCCAGUGAACCACGUCAACUCCGGCUUCUAUUAUUGCUGGCACAAACGCAACCACAUUUAGCUCCGUCUAAGCUCCAUUACUCCACACAGCUCAUUUCGAUUCUUUAAGCCGAAACUGGAGAGAAAAGGAGUAAGGCGCCGUUGAAACACACGUGAAUUUCUCGAAGAUUUGUACGGAAAUUGAAGUUCUUCCGUAAAAUUCGUGCACAUUUCGGCAUCUCUAAGGAGAAAUCUAGUCCAAACUCCAAAGCCAAAGGAAAAAGCUCGUACUUUGAGAGAGAGAGAGAGAGAGAGGGAGGCGGACUAAGGCUCAAUGCGGCAGAGAUCUCCCGUGCUGCAGCUGAAGCUGUGGCUGCUCGCCGUCUCCGCGUCGCCGACUCUUCUUGGUGUCCUCGCGGCCGAUCUUAGCAAAGAACCAUUUACCAUCCGCAUAAGCUGCGGAAAUUUCGACGAUGUGCGCACGGCGCCAACCAAUACAUUGUGGUACAGAGACUUUGGUUAUACCGGAGGCAGGUUUGCAAAUGCCACUCGCCCGAGCUUUAUUAUCCCCCCGCUGAAAACGCUUCGAUAUUUCCCGCUGUCUGAUGGCCCUGAAAAUUGUUACACCAUCAACAACGUUCCGAAUGGGCACUAUCAAGUUAGGCUUUUCUUUGCCCUAGUGGCCAAUCCUAGUAUUGACAGCGAGCCAAUUUUCGAUGUUUCUGUUGAGGGUACCCUAUUUAGUUCUUUGCUUUUGGGCUGGAGCAGCGAUGAUGAAAAGACAUUUGCGGAAGCUUUGGUUUUUGUUCAGGACUCAAGCUUAUCAAUUUGCUUCCAUAGCACGGGUCAUGGCGAUCCAUCAAUUCUUUCUAUUGAAGUUCUCCAAAUAGAUGACAAUGCCUAUAACUUUGGCCCGCCAUGGGGAAAAGGGACAGUGCUUAGAACAGCCAAAAGGUUGACAUGUGGUUCUGGAAAGCCUGCUUUUGAUGAAGAUCUGAAUGGUAUCCACUGGGGUGGGGACAGAUUCUGGUUAGGGGUGAAAACUUUGUCAUCGAGUUCUGAUGAUCAAUCUAUAUCAACCGAGAAUGUUAUAGCAGGGACAUUGCUUGCACCAAAUUUUUAUCCUCAAAGCAUCUACCAAUCAGCUAUCAUGGGCACUGAUAGGCAAUCAAGCUUGUCUUUUGAAAUGGAUGUCACUCCAAACAAGAACUAUUCAGUAUGGCUUCACUUUGCAGAGAUUGAUAAUGGGGUAACUGCAGAAGAACAAAGAGUAUUUGAUGUACUCAUCAAUGGAGACAUUGCAUUUAAGGAUGUUGAUAUAGUUCGCAUGACAGGAGAGCGAUUUACUGCUCUUGUUCUGAAUAAAACUAUAGCUGUCAGCGGGACAACACUAAAAAUUAUCUUGCAACCUGUGAAAGGAACCCGUGCCAUUAUUAGUGCCAUUGAAGUGUUUGAGAUAAUCCCAGCUGAAAAGAAGACUUUGCCUCAAGAAGUGAGUGCAUUGCGGACUUUGAAGGGUUCACUUGGUCUUCCUCUUCGAUUUGGUUGGAAUGGUGACCCCUGUGUUCCUCAGCAGCAUCCAUGGAGUGGAGUUGAUUGCCAGUUUGACAACACCAAAGGGAAUUGGGUUAUUGAUGGAUUAGGUCUUGACAACCAGGGUUUGAGAGGGUUUAUACCUGGUGAGAUAUCUAAGCUGCAACACCUGCAAAGCAUAAACUUAAGCAGCAAUAGCAUCAAGGGUAACAUUCCAACCUCUGUCGGCACCAUCUCUGCUCUGCAAGUACUGGAUCUGUCAUACAAUGAACUUAAUGGAUCUAUUCCUGAGAGCCUUGGCCAGCUGACGUUUUUACAGACACUGAAUCUGAAUGGCAAUCGUUUGUCGGGAAGGGUUCCGGCCAAUUUGGGAGGAAGGCCUCUGCACAGAGCUAGCUUUAACUUCACGGACAAUUCUGGAUUAUGCGGAAUCCCUGGGUUACAUGAGUGUGGCCCUCAUUUAUCUGUGGCUGCGAAGAUUGGCAUGGCUUUUGGGGUGCUUUUAGCUAUUCUGUUUCUAGUUGUUUUCGCAGCAUGCUGGUGGAAAAGAAGGCAGAACAUUCUCCGUGCUAAAAAAUUAGCUGCAGCAAGGGAAGCUCCUUAUGCUAAAUCAAGGACCCAAUUUACGCGGGACGUGCAAAUGACCAAGCACCAGCGCCCACCUGAAAGCUCGCGAAGUAGCAACAAAGAAAGCUCGCCAUUUGCUUCCAUAGCUAGUUGAUAGCCAACAAUGCUGACUUGGCUUCCAUUCUGCUUUUCUUGUAUUCUCGUUCGCAGAUUUGAAGAACAAAGUUGUAAAUACUAGGUCAGUAAUAGUGUCUAUACUCCCUUUUUUGCUCGAAAUUUGGUCCAGGAGAACAGUCAAAUUAGAGAGAUUAUCAGGUUCUUCCCAUCUGCUGCUCUGACCACAGUCACCACAAACGGGUCGAUGUCGCGAUUCAUGACCCCGGAUCGAACCACCUGGAUUGCGGGUCUAGUUUGCUGCUGUGACGCCACCGGGAUGAAACCGUCGGGAGAGGAGGAUUACGCGCCCGCUGUUGCCUCUUGUCGCUCGCCAUGGGGAUGCUUCGCUGCUAUAGAGAGAGGCGCCAGGGCUGUGAAGGCCAGAGGUUUCUGCUGAGUGGAGAUUAGGGGUGUAAUAUAUAUAUAGCUCAUUAUAUAUCUUAUCCUAUAUUUUUUCUCAGAGUCGAAGUCGGACACGGAUAGUACUAUAUAAUUAUUUCUUCAUCCUGUGUCCUAUAUAUAUAUAUAUAUUAGAGUGGGAGUCAGAGCUGAUAGUGUUGUAAGCUUUCAGUUAGUUGGAUAGAUAGAAAAUUUUCACUUCAUUUGCAUCUUCACACAAUACAUUAAACAAUAUAGGGG